CCUACUCAGAGCCAUUGAUACAGUAUUUUCUAAAUGGUUAUACUCCUACUGUUCUCUAAACAAUGGUUUCAUAGUUUACAAUUGUAUAAACUCCCAAAUCAUGCUCAAAAUUCAAUUUAAUUGAUGUCACUGUUGAGUGUUUUUUAAUCAGUUUGAUAAACAUGUUUGUCCCAUUGUGACAUAGCCAACCAUGACUUAUGGAAGAAUUUGACGUAUUAAUGGUCCCUAUAAAACCCUGUAAUUCUAAGAAAGAAUUGUCAGAUGGUUUUGAACUCAGUCAAAAUCACUGCAGUAUGUAGAGCGAUAAUGAGUAGGUCUAUGUUCAGUCGUUUGUUGACAGCGACCCCGCUGAGAUUCCUCCGCGAGAGGCCGCUUCUGAGUGCAGCUGGCCUGUUGUUUGCGUCCGGUUCGGCAGUCUACUUUUAUAGCAAAUAUUACGGUAUCGGUGAGGAUGCACUGGCCACCGUGGAGAGCGUGGACCGUGUUGUCACGGUUGAGGAGGAUAAUGAGCCCACCCUGGACCAGGAGGACCCAGUCCUUGUUCAGUAUGUGGUUGAGGAGGUUGGGCACCGGCCCUGUCUGGCUUUAAUCCCUUGGUCUGGACCUCUGUGGGUUCCCAGCUCUCCAACAUAUUACCUUACCCAUGCUGGGAGGAUGCUGCUGAGAGAGCUGGCAGUGUUAAACACGCAGAUAUUCACAGUGGAGCAGCCCAUUUUCAUCUGUUUCACUCCUGCUAGGAGGAUGGUAUGGAAUGAACUGUCCUCUCAAAAUGAACAGGUAGCCAUUCAUAUGCAGUAUGUGGAUGAGGAGGUUGGGCAGCGGACCUGUCUGGCUUUAAUCCCUUGGUCUGGUCCUCUGUGGGUUCCCAGCUCUGUAAGUCCAUCCAUUCUGAUACUCUUUGGUCUUUAGACUGGUUUAUGUAACUUAAACAUAAACAUGAUGCUUUCUGUAGAACAAUAUGAAAAUACAUUUCUGUAAACAUAUUCCCUAUUUUUGUAAUAGUCUGUAACACUGCAGCCAACUUAUUACCUUACCC